UUAUGUUUUACAUUAACAGAGUUUUCUCUGUGUUACAGGAUGAGAAUAAGAAGGCAUAAAGUCUUCCUGUUGUGCUUACUGGGGAUUUGUGUCAUUUCCUUCCUACAUUACUACAAAGCCCUGCACAAUAUUUCACUGCUGCAGGAGCUCUCCGCUCCUUCCACCCAUCUAAAGUCUCUGAAGAUGUUCAGUGAUAUCUUCUGGAAUUUUCCGGCUGCUGACUUCCACCCCCAGCAAGACUUUCACAAACACAGCCACCUGAAGGUCAGUGUUGACUCAAAUGUGAUCCUGCCAGAUCCUCCAGAUGGGAAAAUUCAUGAACGUACUUUUGUACUCCGUGAUGAUCCCACAGCCUUUUUCAUCCACACCAAAUCCGGAGCAGUGUGCUUCAGAGAGGGGACGGAUAUGACCGCCUCUGCAUCUCACCGCAGGUUACUGCAACAUCGCCGAAAAAUCAGCCCCAAAGAUGAAGCAAUCAACGCAGACAAGAAGGUGCUUCAGUGUCCCUGCCGGCAGGGUUGGCACGGCCCUCACUGUGGCAUCCCUACCAUUGUGUAUCAUUCCAAUCUCCCGUCCAAGUCAAAAGUAACACCCAGAAAAGUUCCACGUCGGGUCAUCAAUGCCAUCAACAUCAACCACGAGUUUGACCUACUACACGCUCGAUUCCACGAACUUGGAGAUGUCGUGGAUGUGUUUUUGGUCUGCGAAUCCAAUUUCACUGCAUACGGUGACUCAAGACCUCUUUUAUUCCGGCAGCUGAUCCUAAACGGAACGUUUGACUACAUAAAGCACAAAAUCCUGUACGUCUUCCUGGACCAUUUUCCUGAUGGCGGUCACGCAGACGGCUGGAUCGCGGAUGAUUACCUCCGCACGUAUUUAACCAAAAACGGAAUGUCGAGGCUUGAGGGCUUCAAAGCGGACGAUGUUUUCGUCAUCAAUGAUGCGGAUGAAAUUCCUGCUCGAGGUGGAAUCCUUUUCCUCAAGCUCUAUGACGGCUGGACGGAACCGGUCGGGAUCCACAUGCGCAAAUCCCUAUACGGAUUCUACUGGAGGCAGUUUGGAACGCUGGACGUUUUAUCUGCUUGCACGGCAGCUAUGCUCUUUAAGGUUUACAAGGGUGAUGGCAUUUAUCUCCGGCGCCGGUCGUAUUAUUCCAUGUCGGGAUUCCGGGAAUACGAGAACUCCACGGGACGCAUUCUGGUGCCGUGGGCCAUCGGAAGCCCAAUUCACUAUGCUGGAUGGCACUGUUCUUGGUGUUUUAAACCAGAAGGAAUUUAUUAUAAACUCAUAUCGGCCCAAAAUGGAGACUUCCCACGUUGGGGCAAUUACCGCGAGAAACGGAAGAUGAGUUAUAUUAAAGAGUUAAUACGGACAGGGGGUUGGUUUGAUGGGUCUGCUCCAGACUACCCACCCUCAGACCCCAAAGAGCAUAUGUAUGCUCCCAAAUACCUGCUGGACAACUAUGAAAAAUAUCGCUACUUGCUUGAGAACCCAUAUGCAACAGAGAAACAUUAAGAGGAAUGGGUCGGUUUCAAAUGGGCUGCUGAAUAAGCUGAAGCGAGAAGUGAAACUGAAUGAUAGUAAGGAGUUUCACAGCCUUUUGUGGUUCGUGAUUCAGUUUUCAAGUUCCACAAUUGUUAUGAAUUCCCACCACAUCACAGACGGACCAUAAUAACAAAAGAAUACCAACAUGUUUUACUAUUUAUCCAGAUUUGUUGCUUUAGACUCUCUAUCAAGAACUAUAGCAAGUGAUUUAGCCACUUCAUGGCUAUAAAAUUAUGUUUUUAUGGUUUAAAAACAGUUACAAUUAAUGAGAUUAUUCUCCAUGCGCACCAUCUGGUGACACCAAGAUGCCUACCCAACGUGGUUUUACUCAAGUUUCUAUGAAAAGAUCUCCAAACGUAAUCAUAGUAAUGUAUGAAAAUAAUUGCACUUAAAUGGACUUGAUUUGAUAUGACGUUUAUUUAUAGAAAUGUUUACUCCAUAUGAAUGCUAUGCACUAAAUUGGCUUAAACCACUAUGAUGGUCGGCGCCGAUAGCCUCGUGGGCAGCGAGGUAUAGCGCCGUUGCGCUGCGGGCGUCCCGAGUUCGAAUCCCAGCUCAUAGACCUUUAGCGAUCCCACCACCCCCCCUCUCUCUCCCACUUUGCUUUCUGUCGUCACACUGUCCUAUCUAAAAUAAAGGCAAAAUCGUCAAAAAGCAUAUCUUGUAAAAAAAAAAAAAACAUAAUGGUUUCUGUAUUUAUAAAGGAGAUCUACAGAGAGUAUUACAGUCAUAUCGGGAUUAAUGCAUUAUUUGCAUUGAAGUGUUGAUAUAAAAAUCUGUUAUUUGCUGGUGCAACGAUCUUAAAAGUUUCAAAGGUCUGAUAAGUUGACUAAAACAAAACAAAAAAACGAUGUGCAUAAAUUACUGUUGCAUCACAUAGUGAACAUAGUUUACUGAACUAUGAUGGCCUGUCGAAGCCUCUAAAGGUUUAAGAUAUGCUAUCUUACAAUUACAAACAGGAUACAGGUAUACUUUAGGAUUUUAUGAUUUUUCAUCUACACUGGAAGAAUGUAUAUUUUAAAUGUCUA